UCGCGACGUGCGCGUUCACGUUUUCCGCGCUCCCUCCCAGCAGCAGAAGCAGCAAAGCGAACAGAGAACAGUGAGAGGCGAAAAAAUUCAGCGAAAGCUCGUCCAGACUGCUUCUGCUUCCUGACCCGAGCGCGUUUUUUUUCUAGAGGAAGUUGUCUCCGACGUGCACGAAGAGAGGAGGGGAUUUCUCUUUUUUUUUUCUGCACAACUGCACCUUAUUUGCACGAAGUUUAGUCUCAGUUGUUAGUUGUUUAUCAGGCAGCAGCAGCAGCACGGAGAGGAGGAGGAGGAGAGGAGAGAAGAGAAGUUUCCGCUGCCUUGUUUUGUCGCUGCUCUGCUGCGAGGCUGGUUAAAUCCGCAGGAAUGUCGCAGAAGGAGAGACCCACUUUCUACCGACAGGAGCUCAACAAAACCGUGUGGGAGGUACCGGAGAGGUACCAGAACUUAUCUCCCGUCGGCUCCGGUGCUUACGGAUCCGUAUGUUCGGUGUAUGAUGUGAAGACGGGCCUGAAGAUAGCAGUGAAGAAGUUGUCCAGACCCUUCCAAUCCAUCAUCCACGCAAAGAGGACCUACAGAGAGCUGCGGCUCCUCAAACACAUGAAGCACGAGAAUGUGAUCGGUCUAUUAGACGUUUUCACACCAGCGACAAGUUUAGAGGAGUUCAAUGAUGUGUACUUGGUGACCCACCUAAUGGGUGCAGACCUCAACAACAUCGUCAAGUGUCAAAAGCUGACUGAUGACCACGUCCAGUUCCUCAUCUACCAGAUUCUCCGAGGCUUAAAGUACAUCCAUUCUGCAGAUAUCAUCCAUAGAGACUUGAAGCCCAGUAAUCUGGCUGUGAAUGAAGACUGUGAGCUCAAGAUCCUGGACUUUGGUCUGGCACGGCACACAGAUGACGAGAUGACGGGCUACGUAGCCACCCGGUGGUACCGAGCCCCGGAGAUCAUGCUCAACUGGAUGCACUACAACAUGACAGUGGAUAUCUGGUCGGUGGGCUGCAUCAUGGCUGAACUACUUACUGGACAGACGCUCUUCCCCGGCACAGACCACAUUGAUCAGUUGAAGCUUAUAAUGAUGCUCGUCGGAACGCCAGGGCCCGAGCUCUUGAUGAAAAGCUCCUCGGAGUCUGCGAGGAACUACAUUAACUCACUUCCCCAGAUGCCCAAGAGGAACUUUGCUGAUGUGUUUAUUGGAGCCAACCCUCUUGCGGUGGACCUGCUGGAGAAAAUGCUGGUGCUGGACACAGACAAGCGGAUCACAGCGUCCGAGGCUCUGGCCCACCCGUACUUUGCCCAGUACCACGAUCCAGACGACGAGCCCGAAGCAGAGCCUUAUGACCAGAGCUUUGAAAGCCGCGAGCUGGAAAUUGAGGAAUGGAAGAGGUUAACGUACGAGGAGGUAAUCAGUUUUGAGCCGCCGUCGUUUGAUGGAGACGAGAUGGAAUCCUGAAGAGGAGGAGGCACCUUUUCUUCCAUCUUUUUGUUUUCCAAGAAACACUCUUUAUUAAGGACUAUCAGUCUCUUGUGACUAUCCACCACUUUCUUUAAACACACACACACACACACACACACAACCAUGACAUUCAAGUGCCUGCCGUCAUUCAUCUCCGGGGGACGAUGUGUUAUCAGGGAUAAAACUUGACAUCCUGUUCCUUCUGUCCCCCACUUUGUUGUUUUUGUUACUCUGCAUCCCAAGGCGCCGAGGCAGACUUUAAAUUCUCCUUUUAUAUUUUUAGUGAGUUUAUACCUCAGACAUUUAUUGUUUAUAUCGAUCCCCUCUUUGACUCUUUGAUUCAGAAAACUAGAAAUUACUUGUCAGUAUCUUGGAUAAAAAUUAACUCCUAAUUUGUAUUUUAUGAAAAUGUACCACUUAGCAGUAAUUAAUAUUAUAGGGGAAAAGGUUUGAUUGAAACUGCGGUGUGUGUGUAAAGUUUAUCUUUCCUCCACAUAUUGAAAUGUUAUUUCUAUCAUCGCGUAGAAGUGUGUAAAUAUGACAAACAGUAUUUAUACAUAAGUACUUCAGUCAAACUAGUUACCGUAUUUGUGUAAUAGUCAUAAUUGCUGAGCCCCACCUCGGCCAACCCCUUUGACAGUAUGAAUUUUAUUACUAGAGUUUAGCCUAUUAAUGGCAUAUACAAAGAUACAAUAUGUAAUUUAAUACAAGUAUGUAUAGGAUAGGCUAAAAUAUAGAAUAUUUACCUCCACAUUGCAAAUUUAAGGCUUCAUAUUUCUUACUGUUGGAUUUGAAGGUUUACAGUGUCCCUUUUUUAACCAAAUAUGAGUUUGGAGAGUAUGGAGACUUGGCUUGUGUAUCCAUUUUGCGUACUUAAAGAGGACCUAUUAUGCUUUUGUGCUUUUUCCCUUCCAUUUAGUGUGUCAUAUCGUUUUUUUGUCCAUGUAAAAGGUCGGCAAAGAAGCCGAAAGUCCACGCCAAAUUGAGUUACUCUCCCCCACAGAAACACUGCUCCCAAACUGCCUGAAACACCUUGCCUGAAGUCCCGCCUUUUCUUCCGUAACAUGGUGAUGUCACCAAGUAACACCUUUGCAUAAUAACUGCCUAGUGGCUAGUUUGGCACGCCCUCAAACAAAACCAGAUAGAGCGGAGUCCAAAAAGUUUGGUUCGUUUGACCAAUCACAACAGAGUGGGCCUCCUGACCAAUCAGAGCAGUCUGGGUUUUUCAGAAAGUAUGCACCUGAAAAUAAGCACAAUAGGUCCUCUUUAACAUUUGUUUAGUUUCUACUCUUCUCCAUAUCAAUUCAUCUCUUAGCACUUCUGUUGUGUUGUUUCAGAGGAAUGUUACAGUCCCCGUUAUCACGGCCUAACUUUCGCAUGAUAAAGCCAGAUUUGGCUUUUUAUUCGUUUAUUGAAAUGUGAUGUUUCCCACCACAACACCAACUGACAAUGUACUUUUAAUCAUAUUGCAUUUACAAAACACAGUACUAUUAAUGUUUAUUGAAUGUUGGGGGCACACCAGUGCCCUGUAUUUAUGAUCUUUUGUUAUGUUGUUUGUAUAUCGAUGUAAAAGAGAAUAUUAUUUGUCCGAAUUUAAGGUUCUUUUUAUUAUUUAUGGAAAGCUUACUGUACCAGAAACCAAACGUAUCGUCAAUAAUCUCAAACGUCAGUUAAGCCGCGGUGACUGCAGUUACAGCUUGUCUAUCGGAGCCAACAUUAUAGUUUUAAUCAGUUCGAUCAACUCUGUUCAUCUUGGAGUUGUUUCAGUUCAUUAUUUUUCUUUAGUUUAAAGCAGUUCUUGAACAUUUAUUUAUCGCAUUGUGUCCCCCGAGGUACUGCCCUCCAAAAGUAUCCUAUUUUUUAAAAAGAAAUUCAAUAAAACAUUAAAGCAAAAUAUGUGUUUCAAUUUUGUAUUGACAUACAAACCACUAAACAUCAGACUCCUAGUUCUGAAGUGUACUACAAACAUUUAUUGACAAAAUGUUUUUUCUAUGUGAACUAUUUCAGGAGUCAUACAAGCUAUAUCCACAGUCGCUCUGGCUAAUGUCAACAACACAUCAGUGUCUUCACAAUUUCAUUUACAACAGCUUGUUUUAAUGUAAUGCUUUUUCUAAUGUAUUAUUUUAUUCUGUGUGUUAAAUCAAAAUUGGAUGUUAUUCUGUGAUUCUUGUAAUAUUGAUUGUUUUUUGUUUUUUUUAGUAAUGCUAGAAAUAUAUUUGUCAUUCAUUUGAAUAAUUUAGCAGGGCACAUGUUUGUGGGAAAGAGUGUACGUUUACUCACUGGAUGCUGAAGGGCAAUGCUGAAGCCUCGUUCUUUGUAGUUUUAAAAACAACUGCACACAUUAGAUAGGGUAUUUAUCUAUUUUCCAUAUCCAAAUGUCAGUAGUUAAUUUGGUUAUUGGUUAUGCUUUCUUUGCCUGAGAUGUGUUCAUAUCUUUUUACUAUGUGCUUUAUCACAUGUACCAAGACAGCACGCCACCUGUGAAUACCACCAUUAGAAAAUAAAGGCUACUAUUUUUCAAACCUGUAA